AUGGCUGUUUCCUGUGUUCUCUUCUGGGUCCAUCCCCACGAUGAAGCCCCAUGUGAGCUGCAGUCUCUUGGAAGCAACGAGAGCGGCAGAGAGCUGGUAUCUGAGGAGAAGUCUUUGGACCCAGCUGCCGAUUUUCUUGCAGGGGAGCCCUGUAAACCCACAAUCAGGGUGGUGCCAAGCAGUGUGGUAGCUAUUGGGAGCCAGGUGACAAUCUUCUGUGAAGGGCCACUACAUGUUAAGGAGUACUAUCUCUACAAAGAAGGAAUUCAAGAUAACCUGCUACAAACAACCCUUCCUGAAACCAAGAACGAGGCCAAGUUCUCUAUCUCUUCAGUUGAAUGGUACCAUUCAGGUCAUUAUUGGUGUUCCUGUAAAAACCCUACUUACAUGUCAGAACAAAAAAGAUCUGCCAUGAGUAAAGGAAUAUGUUCACUUGGGGUUUAUUUCUCAAAUGUCAGAAGAGGAAAACAAUGCUUCCCAUAUGAGUCCACUGAAAGGGUUUCCUCUCCUCUCUUAGGAUAUCUCUCUGGAAACAUCACCCUUUCAGCCUUUCCCAACCUUGCUGUGAGUGUUGGAGGCUAUGUGACUCUUCAAUGUGACUCUCAAGAGGCAUAUGACAGGCUCAUUUUAAUGAAGGGAAAAUUGAAGUUUUCCACAGCUGUGCCUCAACAGAAUACAACCACUGGGAUAUUCCAGGCCAUAUUCAAAGUGGGUCCUGUGACCAUCAAUGAGAGAUGGAGUUUCAUAUGUCAUGGCUAUUAUAUGAGCCGCCCCCAGCUGUGGUCAGAGCCCAGUAACCACCUAGAGCUCUUGGUUUCAGGAAUCCUCUAUAAGCCCACCAUCUGGGCUCAUCCAAGUCCUGUGGUGAUAUCAGGGAGUCCUGUGACCAUCUGGUGUGAAGGGACCCAUGAAACCCAAAUAUAUGUUAUAUAUAGAGAGCAAAGCCAAGAACCCUGGUAUACACAGAAGCAAAAGGGCCACAAAAAUAAGGCAGAUUUCACCAUCUCAUCUGUGACACAACUGAAUGCAGGGAGCUAUCAAUGCUACUCUUACACCUCUGUGGGGUGGUCAGAACGUAGUGCCACUCUGGAGCUGGUGGUUACAGGAGUCUAUGAAAAACCCACCCUUUUGGCCCUGGAAAACCCUGUUGUAAAGUUAGGAGAGACUGUGUCCAUUUCGUGUGCCUCGAAUCAGAAAUUUAACUGGUUCAUUUUAAGGAAGGAUGAUCAGAAAAUCUACAGUUCCAUAUAUGAAUACUCUGGGGUGAAUCUGGCCAGGUUCCAAGUGGGUCCAAUAACCUCUACGGAAACGUGGAGGUUUAGAUGCUUUGGCUAUUUCACUACUAAUCCUCAUGUGUGGUCAGAAGCCAGUGACCCCCUCGAGCUCCUGGUCUCAGGUACCCUCAAGAAACCUACCUUGUGGGCAGAGCCAGGUUCUGUGAUCGCCUCUGGGAAUUCUGUGACCAUUUGGUGUAAGGGGACCAUGGAUACCCAAAUUUAUUUCCUGUAUAAAGAAGGAAGCCCUGCACCCUGGGACAGACAAAUUCCAAAGAAAUGUAGUAACAAGGUCAAGUUCUUCAUAGCAUCCAUGGAAAUGCAUAACGCAGGGCGAUAUCACUGUUACUGUUACAAUUCUGCUGGGUGGUCAAAUCACAGUGACACACUGGAGCUGGUGGUGACAGGAGGGCAUGUGACCCUUCUGUGUAUUUCACAACAGGCAUAUAACAGGUUCAUUCUAAUGAAGGAAGAAGAGAAGAGCUCCCGUGUUGAGUAUAUACAGAAUAAAUCCAGCAGACCCAAGUUGAAAUUCAAACAGUUUGAUACUUAUGAAGAAUCCAAUAAGAAACGCAGAAGGAAUCAUGGCACUCCAGGAAAGAGCUUUUACUACAUCAUUUUGAAGUUAUGCAAUUAG